AUGAAUCCCACAGUGUUUGAUGAGGAUGACACUUGGGGCUUGGUGACUGUUGCAAAGGCUCCGUUGUUAACUGAGGAAAUGAUAUCCCGAACAAAUGAUAUAGAAGGAGAAAUUGAGGGGUUUCGACAACUCCUUUGCGCCAUGUAUUCAACGCCCUAUACCAUCAAGGAUUUUGAAGAGCUAUCAACACUUACUCGCAUUGCAGACUUCUACUGCGCUCUUCCGAUAGUUUCAGCCACCCUCACUGGCGCGCUUAUUGAUAGCCCUAUAUUUUUGAAACGAGAAGUUGAAGAUCCAUCUGCCUGCACAAAGGAUCAGCUAGCGGAGGAUUAUGACUCUAUGAUUUUCCUCGCGCAGAAGCUUAGAAAUCCCAUUCUCUUCCGUGAGUGUCUAGUUCACAUCGUAGCCAAUUGGAAGGAUAAAGAUAAUUUCAAGUUUCAUCGUACUCGAAAUGAUAAAACUAUCAGUUGUUCAAUCAAAUCAAAGUUUUGA